GCUACCAACGACUGUGACAGCUGGCUGAUGUAAACAAUCGCGUCGCAUCAUUUUCCCUUGCUGCGCGCUCUUAGUUCUCGGUCGACGUAUUUUCCACCCCCCUUUUCCGGGAUCCAUCAAAAUGAACUCCAACACCGAAGGUAUGCUAUCGAACCCGUCGCAAUGGAAGCGACCGGAAGAUAUACUAAAAAUGCAACGGCUCAAGAGGAAACAGCGAGCGUUGCAGGACCGCAUCAACAAUCAAUCGAAAGGUGAUGGAGGAGGCGGAGGUGGUGGUGGUGCGAAACCGAAUCAAUCGUCCGCCGGAAGUGACGAUCCACUUGCGAAUCGUUUUGAGGCGAAUCCGAAGCGAAAGAAUCCAUUCUCGAGAGCGGUUGAUCCAGCGGCCAAACGACAGAAGGAAGCACACACCGCGAGUCAGCUCGAGGACGUUGGAGAGUCAACCAUCUUCGAGCUGCUGAACAAACCGCAAACAGCAGGCGUCGUGCCAAACUUGGAAGCUCCCAGCACAACGCCCGCCGCCAUUGAGACACGCUUUCAGCAGUACCAUUGCCCAGUAGAACAGUACCUACCCGCCGACCCGGAAGAGGAACAGUGCAAAGCGAGCAAGUUCGCCCCGAUCCACUGGAGCAUCAAGAGCAAGCUGCGCAUCAUCUGCCGAACGCCGAUACCGGGCACGAAUCUCAAAACCAACCAGGAAGCGAGCGGCCUAACCUCAUUCGUACGCUGCAUCGAUUCGAAGGAGUCUUCCACCGGGAUGGACAUUUCCCCAGGGGCCCGGUUCUAUCAGGCGACCCUCUACUGGCAACAUCCGUACCUGCCAUGGUUUACCCUUUUCCCAAGGAAUUCGCGCAACAACAACACCCAAGCUCCACUGGUGGACGAAUCGAUCCGGAACGUGCUAGCGAAGGAGUGGAUCAUAAGCUUCCGUAACCUGUUCCAGCUGGUGCGGGCUCGCCAGUGUCCCUACUUCUAUCUCUGUGCCAACUCAUUCACCGUGCUGUUCCGGGCGGCCGGUAUCGGCGGACGGGUAGAAACGCACGCACUGCUCACACCCACCACGAGGGGAAUGCGGGCGGCACUGAAGCAGGAAGAGAUCGAGUUCACCAUGCCACUGAAAAAGGGAGCAUCGACACAGACACAGGACCAGCACAAUCGCUCGUCGGAAUCGGGCAUCGGUAACAGCAGCUUCUCCAACUCGUCCGAAGAGCAAUCGCAAACGGCACCGAACGAAGAGCUUACCAACGAUCGUUCACUGGAAGGAGAGCAGCAGGACGGAGAGGAGGACGAGGACGACGACGAUAUGGAUGGUGAGCAGUGGUUGGAGAGUAUGGGCGUGGAUGCGGCAGAAAUACGCAAAAUCAGCGAUGUCCACCGAAGGAAGCAGCAGAAGCGGGAGUGCGGAUCCGAUUACAGCGAUCAAUCGCUCGUCCUCAUCGAAGGCCCCGAGUGUCAGGCGUUCUUUAACUUUCUGCUCAACGCUAAAAGCACCAUCGCGAAGGUGGGCAGACUGGCGGGCAUUCCACCGACCCUGCUGGCGCCGGUAUCGUUCGCUGGCGCAACACUUCGCACCCUUCAGACCCGCUCGAGCAAGAUCCAGAUGGAUGGCCAGCAGUACCACAGUACGGAGCUGCAGGGUGUGGUUCUGCCCCACAUCCUGCCGUACGUGACGGAUCUGCUGUGCGAGAGCAAGGACAACUACAGCGUUACGAUGGCUACUGUUCCGAGCACGGCGGCACUGUGUGCCGCCUCCCAGAAGCUGAUCAGCGACGCGGACAAGGAGAACGAUGCAUCCGCCCUGGCUGGGCCGGUGUUUGGCAAGGAGAACCUGUCCGACUGUGGGCUGAACAAGCGCAUCGUCGAGAACAUGUGCCGCGCCACGAAGGAUUCCGUGUUCGAUACGGAGCGACUGCUGUACAGCCAGGAGGCGGGUGGAUUUACCUGGAGUUAGCUUAAUUUUUACCACACAACUCCGUAUCCUGUUUGCAGCCUGUGUAGAGAAGACUGUGUAUUUUUUCACCUUAAUAUAAUAUACAAUGUUCAAAACC